AGUGUGCCCGAUAUCAAUGCUACGCGCGAUAUGAUCAAUGAUCUAUUCUCAGCAGACGAAGUUGUGCACAGUUUUUACCACUGCACUGAAACUACGUGCAACUACCAGAAGGAGAAAGGAAAGAAAAAAUUUGACCAUACAUGGAUCUUUCGACGCGAUUUAACUUACGAUGCAACAACAGGGCUGUGGUGGUUACUUUUCAUUAAAGAGAAGGGUAUGUACUAUCUACUCUGCAGACUUCACCAGGCAAAGGGCAAGCACAAUAAGAGUGCAUCAUAUGGAAUGGAACCCGCUGUACGUUUCCAGACCUCAGCACUUGUGGAGCACUGCAGUGGACAGAAACAUCAAGAUUCCAUUGCAGCAGAAAUGUUAAAGAGGACCUCGAUUUUUCAAGAAAAACUUGACGAGCGUAACCUCCACAGGCAUGAAAUUCUGUAUAGCGCUUUCAUGUCAUUGUACUGGCAGGUUCAGCAUGGCAUUGCCUACCGAAACUUCCCCUCCAUGUUGAAGAUUAGCUGUCAAAGAUCUUAUGGAGGAUGCUGCGUCACCGAACGCCAAAACCAUCACUGACAGCAUUAAAGAAAAACUGGCUAAGGAUGACCUUGACAUUCAAAAAUUCCUGAGUUUGGCGUCUUAUGGAGCUUCAGUAAUGGUUGGCAAGAAUGAUGGCAUAGCAGCACUGCUCAAAAGGGAGAACCCAAGACUGGUCAACGUUCACUGUAUCUGCCACAGACUGGCAUUAGCUUGUGGGGACUCCAACAACGAGGUGGAGUACAUGCUAACCAUAGAAUGCCUACUGGUUCAGCUGUACAAGUGGCUCGAAAACUCCUGUGUGAAGAUGGCAGCGUAUCUUAAGAUGCAAUUAAGACUCCGAGACAUGCAGCUUCCCACUGACAAGUUGAAACGACACAAAAUUGGUCACAAACUCCAACGGGCUUGCAGAAAACGGUGGCUGUCCACAGACAAAGCAGUGCUGGGGGUUUGGCAGGACUACACUGCAAUUCU